CUCGAACUUCCAAAACAAAAAGACGAGCUUCGAAACCCUCAUCUUCAAAGACUUCAUCGACUGAGCAAUCCCUAUCGAGUUCACCGACCUUAUCUCCCAUGCUCACUGGGCUACUGAAAAAGGGCAAUCCGUCAAGAAUUCCCGUCUUUGUGGCCUCGCUCGGCAAUCCGAAACCAUACCUGAAUACCUUACACUCAGCUGGGCAUACGGUGCUCUCCUACAUCGCGUUAGAUCAAAAGUACGACGAAUGGCGCUCCUUCGCAGGCGGACAAAUUGCCGAUAAAAAUCAAGUACAUUUUUCGCUCCUAGGUGGCUACGCCGCCCAAGACGAUGCCCUUCUCCCUACGUUGUGGAAAUGCGGCGCGUUGAUGAACGCAUCAGGCCCGGCGGUUAAGAAGGCUUGGCUCAAAUGGAAGCAACAGAAUGGUCUUGACAAGAGCGAUGUGGCAAGACUGGUCAUCGUCCACGACGAGCUGGAAAAGGACUUAGGUGCCAUAAGCGUGAGAACAGACCCCAAAGCCAGCGCAAGGGGACACAAUGGCAUAAAGAGCGUCAUGGCCAGCCUGCCAAAUGAACGUUUCAUCAGGAUUGGCGUAGGCAUUGGUCGACCGGAUAGCAGGGAUAGGAUGACAGUGUCAAAUUAUGUCUUGCGGAAGAUGACGGCUAAGGAAGAGGUGGUAUUGGAGAAUGCCGCGAAGAGGGUACAGCAGCAGAUUGCUGAGAUCGAGGAGGGUGCUGUAGGAUGAGUCCGACACAUGGAAUAUGCAACAACGAAAAAAUAGGCCACCAGCGUAAUCGAUGCCACACGCCAUGUAUUAGUCCAAUAGACGUGCGGUCGUCGUAAAGGUCUCAGGGAUAGACAUCUUGCGUUGUCACUCGAUUGACAGCAAAGCCUUUCAAAGGCUCAAGAUGUUCGCGCUGCCUGGCAUAUGGAACGCUUGCUCAAGGCUCGGUUGCAAUGAAGAGAGGCACAGGCGAUUAAAGUAUAUCCAGAGGUUGCUCAAAAACAUAGUGUAUAAGCAUGAGUGAACAAAAAUGCUACAUUCCAUCUCCUCC